AUGACGCGCGGCGCCGCCGGCCUCGCGCUGACCUUCCGCCGCGAGCUCGCGCGCGUCGCCGCGGCCGAGGGGGACGGACUCUUCGUCGUCGCCGAGGACGACGCGGAGUUCGUCGACGACUUCCAGCGGAAGCUCGCAACAGUCGUCGCCGCCGUCGACGCGGCGGACGCGACGUGGGACAUGCUCCAGAUCGGCUACUACGCCGGCGACCGCGCCUUCGCGGACGGCGGCGACCCGGGCGCGCCGUUCGCGCGGCCGAGGCGCGUCGCGGGCACGCAGGGCAUCGCGUUCCGCCCGCGCGGCGCGGCGCGCAUGCUGGAGAUGCUCUUCCCGCUGGCCUGCCAGCUCGACACGGCGCUGGCCAAGGCCUACGCGUCCGCGGCCUGCUACGUCUCGCGGACGCCGCUCAUGUCGGCGCCGCAUUCGACGGCGGAGAAUAGCGACAUCCAGAUCCUGCCGCCGGGCUUCUCCAAGGACGAGGUCUUGAAGGCCCAGCGCCGCGCGGAGGCCAUGCGCCUCGCGCUGGAACGCGUGCCCGUCGACGACUUCCGGCGCCGCGUCCGCGCCGCGGCGCGCGACGCGUUCGACGCCGACGGCGGCGGCGCGCUCCUCGCCUUCGUGCCGCCGGCGGCCGUCGCCGCCGAGCGAGCGACGUACGUCGAGGCCUUCGUCGCCGACGCGGUCCGCCAGCUCUCGCGGGGCUCCAACGCCGUCGCCGCGGGGGGCGGUCGCGGCGAGUCCGACGACGCGUCGGACGCGGACGACGACGCGUCCGACGGCGAGACGCCGUCGCUCGACGUGCUCCCGCCCUUCGCGCCGCGCUUCUCGACGGACGCGGAGAAACGAAACUGGCUGGUCUACUCGUCCGCGGGCGACGGCGCGGCCGUGCCGCUCUGGCUCGCGAACGGCCCAAGGCGCUUCGACGUCGCCGUCACCUACCACGGCCGCCGCCGCGGCGACCCGCCCUGGCGGCCCCGCGUCGACGCGUUCCAUCGGCGGCGCGGCGGCAAGUUCGAGAACCUGAAGGCGUGCGGCGCGCACCGCGGCUACGACGCGGUCCUCGUCCUCGACGACGACGUCGUCGUCGACGCGCCGCGCAUCAACGAGCUCUUCGCCAUCCGGGAGGCCUUCGAGCUCGCCGUGGUCCAGCCGGCCUUCGAGCCGUCGGGCAAGGUGACCGCAGCGCAACGGGGCUCGUUCCUGCGGCUCACGAAUUUCGUCGAGAUGACGUGCCCGCUCUUCGCCGGCGGCGCGCUCGACGCCUUCCUAUCGCGCUUCGACCCGCAGCUCAAGGGCUACGGCGCGGACUGGUGGUUCCUCGCCGUCGUCGGCGGGGGGCGCGCGCCGCGGAGGGGGCGGUGCGCCGUCGUCGACGCGGUCACGUGCGCCAACCCCCCGCGGACGGACCGGCGGGGCAUCGACGGCCUGCAGGGGAAAGAGGUGCGCCGCGAGGUCUGGGCCCAGAUCCGACGGCGCGAGGGGCUCGCGCAGUGGGCCCACGGCGAGUACGGGAGGGUCGGCGCCGACGGCGCGGAAACGGCCAGCGCGCCGCCCGUGACCGUCGCCGGCGCGACGCCCUACGCGUUGCUCGACGACGACGAAACCGUGGCGGAGGUCGUCGUGCCGCCGCCGCCGCCGCCGCCGCCGCUGGGGGCCGCGCGCGUGCGGGACGGCGUCGCGGGACCGAUGGACUGCGCGCGGCUCAUCCGCGCGGGCGUCGCGGCGAUGCGGGCCGUCGACCGCCGCGGUGGCGAGGCGGCGCUGGACCUCGACGACGGCGUCGUGGCCUUCCUCGCGAGGCGCACGGGGCUGCGGGUGGCGUCCGCGGCGCUGAGCCGCGUCGUCGCGGCACCGCGGCGCGGCGACGUUUACGAGCUCGAGCCGACCCGAGCGUACUGGGCCGAGGUCCGCGGCGCGGGCGCCGUGCUGUUCCUGAACGCCGCCGACGGCGGCGGCGUCGUCUGCGCCGACGGCGUCGUCGCCGCGGCGCCGGGGCGGCUCGCGGUCCUCGACGGCGGCUGGCGCGCGGACCGCGUCGCGAAGGGGGCGCGCUGGGCCGUGGAGCUGACGUGUUAA